AUGAAGGCACCGUUGCUGGGCUUGAUUCUGUGGGCACUGCUUCUCCAGUCUGAGUCGAUGUUCUGGACCUCCAACGUGAAACGGAACUGCAACAGUGUUAGCUAUGACAUCAGUAUCCUGAUGAUGAACAACUCGGCUUUCCCAAAGUCUCCGGAUGACUUGGAAGACGUGGUGAGAAAGGGAUUGGAAAUAGUGAGACAGCGACUGCGAGAUGCUGGCAUGAAUGUGACCGUCAAUGCUACUUUCAUCUAUUCGGACAACCUGAUCUACACAUCCAGUGACUGCAGGAGCAGCACUUGUGAAGGCCUCGACCUACUCCGGAAGAUGUCGAAAGACAAUCAGAUGGGCUGUGUCCUCAUGGGGCCCUCGUGCACAUAUUCCACCUUCCAGAUGUACCUUGACACAGAUUUGAACUACCCCAUGAUUUCUGCUGGAAGUUUUGGAUUGUCCUGUGACUACAAAGAAACAUUAACUAGGCUGAUGUCUCCAGCCAGGAAGUUGACCUAUUUCUUGGUUGACUUUUGGAAGAACAGCAGUUUGCCAUUCAAAACUUAUUCCUGGAACUCUGCCUAUGUUUUCAAGAACACUACUGAGUCUGAAGACUGCUUCUGGUACCUCAAUGCUCUGGAGGCUGGAGUUUCCUAUUUUUCUCAGGAACUUAGCUUCAAGGAAAUGUUGAGACGAGAUGAGCAAUUUUAUGAUAUCUUAACAGACCCACACAGGAAAAGCAAUGUGCUUGUUACGUGUGGCAGCCCAGACAGCAUCCACUCCCUCAUAGGGGACCAGGCGAUGCCUGAAGAUGUUGUCAUCAUUCUGGUGGAUCUAUUCAAUACCCACUACUUCCAGGACAAUGUCACAGCCCCAGACUAUAUGAAAAAUGUUCUUGUUCUGACACUGCCUCCUCAAACUCACAACUCAAAUGUCUCUGUACCCAAGAAUGAUUCACUGGUAAAAAACAACUUUGCUCUUGCCUACCUGGAUGGAGUCUUGCUCUUUGGACACAUGCUGAAAAUUUUUCUUGAAAAUGGAGAUGAUUUGAACGGUUCCAAAUUUACUCAAGCUUUCAAAAACCUCACAUUUCAAGGGUACGUGGGUCCUGUGACUUUGGAUGAACAUGGGGAUAUUGAUAACACCAUGGCGCUGCUGUACACCAACGUGGAUUCCAACAAAUACGAAGUUCUUUUAAAGUAUGCGACACACCUAAACAUGACUUUCUGGGUGGAAACAAACCCAACAUUCAUCUGGAAAAAUCAGAAACUUCCUAAUGAUAUCCCAGGCCAGGGCCCUCAGAUCCUGAUGAUUGCCGUCUUCACCCUCACAGGAUUCGUGAUCCUGCUCCUGCUCAUCGCACUCCUGGUGCUGAGGAAGUAUAAAAAAAAAAAUGAACUUCGUCAGAAAAAAUGGUCCCACAUUCCUCCUGAAAAUAUCUUCCCUCUGGAGACCAAUGAGACCAACCAAGUGAGCCUGAAGAUCGAUGAUGACAAGAGACGAGAUACAAUUCAGCGACUCCGACAGUGCAAGUAUGACAAAAAGCGAGUGAUUCUGAAGGACCUCAAACACAACGAUGGCAACUUCACUGAAAAACAGAAGAUAGAGCUGAACAAGUUGCUUCAGAUCGACUAUUACAACCUCACCAAGUUCUACGGCACAGUGAAGCUGGACUCGACAAUUUUUGGGGUGGUGGAGUACUGUGAGAGAGGAUCCCUCCGGGAAGUUUUGAAUGACACAAUUUCCUACCCUGAUGGAACGUUCAUGGACUGGGAGUUUAAGAUCUCUGUCUUGUAUGACAUUGCUAAGGGCAUGUCCUAUCUACACUCCAGCAAGACAGAAGUCCAUGGUCGUCUCAAGUCCACCAAUUGUGUGGUAGACAGUCGGAUGGUGGUGAAGAUCACAGAUUUUGGCUGCAAUUCCAUCUUGCCUCACAAAAAAGACCUAUGGAUGGCCCCGGAGCACCUGCGCCACGCCAGCGUCUCUCAGAAGGGUGAUGUGUACAGCUAUGGGAUCAUCGCGCAGGAGAUCAUCCUGCGGAGAGAAACCUUCUACACGCGCUGCUGCCGAGACCAGAAAGAGAAGCUUUUCAGAGUGGAACACGCCAAUGAACCAAAACCCUUCCGCCCAGACCUGUUCCUGGAAACGGCAGAGGAAAAAGAGCUGGAGGUGUAUCUCCUUGUAAAGAACUGCUGGGAGGAAGAUCCAGAAAAGAGACCAGAUUUCAAGAAAAUUGAGAAUACUCUGGCCAAGAUAUCUGGCCUUUUUCAUGACCAGAAGAAUGAAAGUUACAUGGACACCUUGAUCCGACGCCUACAGCUGUAUUCCCGAAACCUGGAGCAUCUGGUGGAGGAAAGGACGCAGCUGUACAAGGCAGAGAGGGACAGAGCCGACAGGCUGAACUUCAUGCUGCUCCCAAGACUAGUGGUAAAGUCUCUGAAGGAGAAAGGCACCGUGGAGCCUGAGCUGUAUGAGGAGGUCACCAUCUACUUCAGCGACAUUGUGGGUUUCACUACCAUCUGCAAGUACAGCACCCCCAUGGAAGUGGUGGACAUGCUCAAUGACAUCUAUAAGAGUUUUGACCAUAUUCUCGAUCACCAUGAUGUGUACAAGGUAGAAACCAUUGGUGAUGCCUACAUGGUGGCUAGUGGUUUGCCCAAGAGAAAUGGCAACCGGCAUGCAGUAGACAUCGCCAAGAUGGCCCUGGAUAUCCUCAGCUUCAUGGGGACCUUUGAGCUGGAACAUCUCCCUGGCCUCCCAAUAUGGAUUCGCAUUGGAGUUCAUUCUGGUCCCUGUGCUGCUGGAGUCGUGGGGAUCAAGAUGCCGCGUUACUGCCUGUUUGGAGACACAGUCAACACAGCCUCGAGGAUGGAAUCCACUGGCCUCCCCUUGAGGAUCCAUGUGAGCGGCUCCACCAUAGCCAUCCUGAGAAGAACUGAGUGCCAGUUCCUGUAUGAAGUGAGAGGAGAAACUUACUUAAAGGGAAGAGGAACAGAGACCACCUACUGGCUGACCGGGAUGAAGGACCAGGUGUACAGCCUGCCGGCCCCUCCCACUGUGGAGAAUCAGCAGCGCCUGCAAGCGGAAUUUUCAGACAUGCUUGCCACUUCUUUACAGAAAAGGCAGGCGGCAGGAAUAAGAAACCGAAAACCAACCCGGGUAGCCAGCUACAAGAAAGGCACUCUGGAGUACUUGCAGCUGAACACGACGGACAAGGAGAGCACCCAUUUUUAG